AUGACAUGCUGUGAAGGAUGGACGUCCUGCAAUGGAUUCAGCCUGCUGAUUCUGCUUCUGCUGGGAAUAAUUCUCAAUGCAAUACCUCUGGGCAUCAGCUUAGUUGAAGAAGACCAAGCUUCUCAAAACCCCAUCUCUUGCUAUGAAUGGUGGUUUCCGGGAAUUAUAGGAGCAGGUUUGCUGGUCAUUCCAGCAACAACAAUGUCCUUGGCAGCAAGAAAAAGAGCGUGCUGUAACAACAAAACUGGGAUGUUUCUUUCAUCACUCCUAAAUGUAAUUACGGUCAUUGGUGCUGUGUACUGCAUGUUGGUAUCUCUCCAGGCUCUCUUAGAAGGUCCUCUCAUUUGUAACUCUCAAGGCAACAGUACUUUCUCUUGCGAAUUUUCAUUCAAAAACUUAAGUGACUUUCACCCAGAAUCCUUCAAUCUGCAGUGGUUCUUCAAUGAUUCUUGUGUAUCUUCUACUAGUAGCAAAAAUACUGACAUCAAUAACAACUGGAAGAUACCCAACUCCAAUUCUGAAGAAGACAGACAUAGGAUUUUCCACUUCUCAGUAUUUACAAGUCUAUUGAUUGUUGGAAUCCUUGAGCUCCUGUUUGGGCUCAGUCAGAUACUCAUUGGGUUUCUUGGCUGUCUGUGUGGUAUCUCUAGGCGAAGAAGUCAAAUUGUGUAGUUUAACAAUAAAUAGAAGGAUCAGUACUUUGAGAAUUACAUUUAAAAUAUAUGCUUGUAGAAGUUUAAUGAUGGAACAUUAUCAGAAAGCUGUAUGAGUCUUUUAAGUACAAGUUUUUGAAGUCAUCUUUGAGGUGAUUUUUAAAAAAUCAAUCUUUCAAAUAUAAAGCAUGUUAAGUAAACAACACCUUCAUGUGAAAAGGAAAACAUGGGUGGUUGAUUUUGGGGAGAAGUGGACAGCAGCAUUCAAUUCGUUUUGUGUUUUUCUGUUUUCUGUGUUAUUCUAACUUUCUAACUGUAUGUUCUUAUGUGUGUGGUAACAGGGAGGUUCAAGAGGGAGGGAGGAUGCAACAGCACACAGGCCGUCCUGGAAGUGAAAAACAGUACGGGCUGUUUCCUUUAAAGAAAAAGAAAAAGAAAGGUGUUUAUAACCUGAAAGUAAUAGGACCAAGUCUUCAGUCCUAAUUCUCAGCACGCAGGGAGAAGAGGAAACUGUGAAAUCCAAAGACGAGACAACAAACAAACCAGCCGUUUACAAUAGGAGAACGUUACAGGAGUAAACGGGUAGGGCGGGUCAGCGGAAUUGUUUGAGACCAGCGAACAGAUCUCAGCUGACGCCGUGCAGUGGCUCACUAGGGAUAACUAAGGGAAACAUCUUCGCAAACUGGGUUAGAUGAUUACAGUGGCUUUGUUAGGUCUGAAAACGGUUCUUUGUUUAAAUAGAAGACGUCCCUAACUUUUAAAGAAAUAAGUAUUUACCUGUUUAGGAAGAAAUGAUAUGCCUUAAAAAUACAUCAACCAAAAUGCAGUGAUUGUAUACAUGUUUUAUUUAGGUGAUAGGCAGAUGGCAAUUCAAUGGAAUCUUCUGUUUGUCUAUGCUUACAUUUUUCAUAAUAAUUUAAAAACAAUACCUAGAGAAGAAAAAUUAGCCUUUCAAAAGCUGGUUUCUAUAUGUGCCAAUCUUUAAAAGAUGACAGUGUAUUUACCGUAUUAAAAUGUCAUAAGACAGACAAAACUAAAAACUAUAAUUUUCUGCAUGUUACUGGUUGUGCCAUUUAUUUCAAUUUUUUUAAUGUUCUUUGGGCUUAAGGCUCAAAAAUAACUUAAUACACCUGUAUAAUAGUGGCCCAAAUAAAUUACUAACAUCAAUAACUUAUAAGCCUUUUUUCUGAAACUGUAUGAAGAUAUUUUACCUACGCUUCUACAAAUGCUUCUUAAUCCUCAAGACCUGAUUUAAAUAUCUUUUGAGGAAGUCUCGAAGUUCAUGAUUCCAAUAAACUAAGUGAGCCCUCACCCAAGCCACUAUUAUCAUAACUGACAAAUGUAACAUGUUUUUAUAUCUCUACCACAUGUACUUCUCAUUUUUUAAUUCACAGACCCUUUCCCAUUUCAGGCUCUCAGUAAGACCUCUCACCUUCCAUCCACCCCCAUUUCAUUCAACUCAAAUACCACUUUUUCUGGUUCUAUCCGUAACUACCUAAUGACAAGUAGAUUUCCUUUUACUCUCUCCAUUUUCAUUUUGUGCUCACCUCCUAUAUUUCAUGGUUCAAGGACAUGUUUCUUUUAUUCAUUCCUAGUGCAAUCAGUGUCUAGUACAGUGCCUGGUACAAAGUAGGGUCAUUGUAAGUAUUCUGUUGAGUGGACUGCUGAAUCCUAUAGUCAGUGUGCAGCUUUUAGUGAAGAUUCAAUGCUUAUUAAAUAAAUGCCAAGCUGCUAGUAGCGAUGAAAUUAAAAGAGGUAAAAUGAACACAACAGCUCAAUGAACAUGAAUGAAUGACACAACAGUUGGGGAUGGUGUUUGUAAUUUUCUUAUCACCCUAGAAAUCUGAGCCAUGACUCCAGAUCUCUGUAGGGUCAGGAAGAGAGAAUUAAGUCUUCCAUUUCAGAGGGCAAAAGAAAGGAUGGUUGGCAGAGCACAAUCAGCUGAAAUAGCCGUUAGGUUGUUUCUUCACUUUUUAGUCUUAUGGAAACUGCUGCCAUCCAUUAAGAGUCUAAAGCCCACAGGCUUCAUGAGGGCAUGCCACCUCUGAGCUGGUACCUCAACUUGCAAAUGCCUAUCUGUACACAUAUGAGUAGCACCCUUUCCCACCCCACAUACUAAAAGCAGUCAUUUGCAAAGCUCAAUGUUUCUCUCUCUUUCCUGUCCCCAAAUUCAAUCAUAUUUUGGAAUCUUUGUAUUUUUUACUUUCACUGUCAUUAAAACCCUCUUCUCAUCCUUCAGCACAUAUCUUCAGUUCCUCCUCCUUGGUAAAGCUGUAUUUACAAUUCUAUUUAUUUAAUAAGCCAUUUCUUUUGUUGUGCAGAACUUAUUUAAUUCCACGCAGUCCCAACUGUUGAACCUUUCUCUUAGUUGCUGAGUCACUUGUGUUCUACUGAGGAAGUUUUUGCCUAUGCUUAUUACUUCCAGUGUAUUCCCUGCUUUUUCCUGU